AUGAAAGCUUCAUUGAAAUUUCGGGAAGAGAAGCAGCCAGUGUUGAGGGCCAAAAUACCUCUAAGCAUUUUGGGCUUGCCAUUUCAAUCAGGCAUCGUCGCCGGCGAACCCAAGGAGCUCACUUUAAAUCUUUCUACGUUCUUUGAAUCUGGGCCGUCCAUCAAGAUCGCUUACCGUCCUACUGACACGUGGAACCCUUUCUCUCUUAUCGUCAAGACUGGCACCGGCCCCUUCGGUUCUCCCAUGUCCACCUCUUUGCUUAUGAGUGCUGAGUUCAACCUUCUUGGCCGUGGAAACCCUAGCUUUAUGCUUCACCUCAAGCCUCAGUUCGGGGAUUUCUCCAUCAAGAAGUCCCAGUCUUCCGCUUUCGAUAAAGUCGUCAAGAUGACGAAUGACGCCGUUGCGGAUGUCGAUUCGUCGGCUAGUGGCGAUUUCGCGGGUUUCUUCACCGAGAAGGGGAAACUUGGGACUUUGAUCUCGGGAGAUAUUGCGAGGAUUCUGUCUGGAAUGGAGGUAGCGGCGAGGACGGCUGUGCCAGUGAAGGGAAAGGCAAUGUUGAAAUUCCGAUGGGGAAUGAGGAUUCCAUCGGAGAUGAAGAGUGGCGUCGGCGGGGCUGGGAUUCCGUUUUUGGUGAUGGAUAAGAUCGGGAUCGAGCAGGUGGAAGGUGUUGAUUCGAAGCAGGCUAUAACCACAGCCAGCAAGGCGAGUCCAGGGGUAAGCACGAAUGUGGACAUUGCAGAGUCAAUUUUUAUGGUAAAGCGGCAGUUGGAAGCUCUGCAUUCUGAGAAUGCGUUACUGAAGAGAGCUGUGGAUGAUCUGAGACGAGAAAUCUCCAGCGGAAAUUUUGGGGAUUUGAAUUCUGUGAAAUACAGAGAAAUUGAAAGAAAUGGGAAAACGGAGAGAAGGAUGAAUGAGAAGAAUUCCAUGGAAGAGGAGCUGAAGAAGGCAUUGAAAGGAGCUUGAAGUUGUCGCAGAAAUUAAAAUGUAAGGAUUUGGUUUGGUUACUAUGCCUUUUAUGUUUGGACUAGUAAUUACUGCUAGUAGAAUUAAAAAGAAAGAAGAUUUUGAUUGUGAGUUUUGGAUAUUUGAACUAAGAUGAAACAAUCAAAUAGGCUGUGUUGAAUUAGCCUUGCUGGAAGCUCUAACAUGAUGUAUAUGAAAAAGGCAUAAGAUAUGGGGCCAAUGGGCAGUAUUGAUGAAAGAAAUAUAGGUGUUGUAAAGAUCUCCUGGUAGAUUGAAUAAAAAUAUCCCAAUCUUCCAUUUCUGCUCACCAACUAUUGGAAGCGUUGUGUCUAUCUCUAUUCUGCAGGGAAAUGAUAAACCACAUCCAAGAGACAAUUAAGUCGUUGCCUAACAUAAGCUUAACUUGGUUGACAUGAUUGAUGAAAUGGAAGCUUUUGCAAUAAUCUUGGAUGCAUUUCAGUGGUACAUGCUAAAACCCAGAUAUCAAAUUCAUGAAGUAAAAUGCAGAAGAAACUAGUAUAGGAAGUCAUUGAGAUUUCAAACCUUAAACAAGGAAGGGCAUUGUAACUUAAAUUAUUUUUAUAAUAACAGGGUGGAACAAACUUAGUAGUUGAAGCAGAAACUAACUAGAAGCAAUGAGUUUACAUGGGUAGCACUUGGGUCUUUCCCGACCCUUCUCAUCAGGCCAAACAAAAAGCAAGCACCGGCUUCAGGAAAACACCAUCCCUGAAAUCAACAUUGCAACUGCCCAUUUUCAUCUAUCAGCCCUUCCUACCAUUUACAUAGAAACUAAUCAAAACCCAGAUUUCUGAAAACACAAACUUUUUCCUUCUUUUUAGCUCAAGCAAACAGGCGGGGAACUUCGAACAGGAAAUUAACUAUAAAGCGGCCACUGAAGAGGUGCCCUUCAGCAGUAUUUAGAAUUAAACCUUAAAAAUGCACUACUCACGAUAACAUACAAUCGCAAACACCUGAGUAUGGCCUCAAAAUUUUCAUCGUCAUUUGCAGAAGCUGGAUAGGUUCGAACAGCACACACAAGUAUUCAUCGUGAAAACAAGCUUUCGCAUCAUUCCAAACAUGUCAAAGGAUCUUAAUCCUCAUAUUCUCUGCAACAGAUCCCCGUUUCCAUCUUUUAGCAGCCUUUGCACCAGUUUUUGAAUUACAUCAACUCGUAAAAAACUUCGUUUUCAUUAUGCACAUGCUAAAACCGGUUAAGAGUUUUAAUCAUCUUUAAUGCAGCAUUAAAUGUCAACCAAAAAUACCUAAAAACUUACGGUGAACAUGGAACAAAUAAAAAUUCAAAACAAAAAACUUGAGCAAAUCUUAAAUUUUGAGAUUUAGCACUUCUAUCUAUAACAUCACUCGGAGAGAUAUAUGUCUUUAAAAUAAAAUGAGAUAAAAAAAUAAUGCUAGGAUUAAAUUGUAAAUUUCAAAUCAAUUGGAGGACUAAACCUAAGUAUGACAAAAGAAAGAAGAAGGAAGAUAAAUUCAAAAUAUGGUUAAAUUUCCAUUUAAGCUCUGCAAAUAACAGGAAGACCUACAAAAAGCUAAUGAUUUUUACAAGAAAACCAUAUUUCCCAGAUUUUUUUUUUAUGUAUUUUAGAUUUUUGGAAACUAAGAACUGGUGAACUUUGUAACCGCCUUGGUCCCUUCUGAAACAGCAUGCUUGGCCAACUCCCCAGGUAGGACCAAUCUUACGGCAGUCUGAAUCUCACGGGAGGUAAUGGUGGGUUUCUUGUUAUAGCGUGCAAGCCUCGAAGAUUCUUGAGCCAGCUUCUCAAAGAUGUCGUUGAUGAAACUGUUCAUAAUACCCAUAGCUUUGCUGGAAAUGCCGAUAUCAGGAUGGACUUGCUUCAGCACCUUGAAGAUGUAGAUCUUGUAGGUUUCAAUGCUCUUCUUGGUUCGCUUCUUCUUCUUGUCCCCAGCUUCUUUAGGGAGCUUCUUCUCAGCUCUUGGUUUUUUCUCAGCUGGGGCCUUCUCGGCCUUUUUCUCCUCAGCUGGCUUUUUCUCGGCUGGCUUCUUCUCGGCUUUGGGUGCCAUUGGAAACAAGUUGUGAUUUCUAAAGAUUAGAGAAUGCAGUCAGUGGUGAAU